AUGAAAGACUACUCAAAGAUUAUCAGAAGAUCAAUCUUUAUCUUUCUGCAGAAUUUCCAGUUUUUCACUACUACAGCAGCAGUCCUUGCGUUCCCUUUCGCUGCCUCGGUACUUAUGAUACAAGCAUUCGUCCCAUCAACGUGUUUCCUCCAAGCGAUCCAUGAUCACCUGCAUGCUCUAUUUGAUGCAGCAGGAUUACCAUCCUCUUCAAAACUCUUCAUCCUUUUCAAUUCAAAGCUUUCUCAGACUUUUGCAAUCUAUUUUCUUGCAUUUCCUUUCACCCUUUCUUCUCUUCUUUUCGCGAAGGCGUCUGUGAUUGAAGCUCUCACUGAUCAGAAAUCAUCCAAGAAACCUGCAUUUUCUUCUUUUAACUCACUCUACAGUUCCCUUCUUUUCAGUCAACUUUGCAACUCAAUACAACGGGAGCAAUAA